UUUAUAUGGUUAAACAUGGCCAACUGUAUAAGACAGGCGAAGGCGGCGUUACGGUCCAAUAUGAAAACAAAACUACAGAAUUUGACUGACCAAGAUCGACGCGUGCAGUCACAGAUCGUCACGGACAAGGCGCUGUCCUGCCCGGAGUACGAGUCCAGUAAGCGGGUGUCCGUGUUUCUCAGUAUGGAGAGCGAAAUCAACACUGAGCGAAUCGUGGCGCACCUACUGGACACUCACAGGGAGUGUUUUGUGCCCUAUUACAAAGGGCCGGUCAUGAAGAUGCUCAAACUCAACUCCAUGGAGGACCUCUGGAACCUCCCUGAGACGAAGUGGCACAUCAAACAGCCGAGUGAUGACAAGGGCAGAGAUGAUGCACUGGAAACGGGCGGCCUUGACCUCAUGUUUAUGCCAGGAGUAGCUUUCAGCUCGGAAGGUGCCAGAUGUGGACAUGGGCGUGGUUACUAUGACAACUACUUAAGGCAAUGUAGAGAGAAAGGAUUUAAACCUUUCACGAUUGGACUGGCUUAUCUGGAACAGAUCUGCGAGUCGGUACCAGUGUCGGACGAUGACGUUAAGAUAGACAAAGUCUUGUACUCAUCAGCAGAAGAGAUCCAGAGAGCCUCGUCCUCAUGAAUUGUCUGCGAAAAUGCAUUCAUUCUGUACCAUUUGUUUGUAAAUAAAUACGAAAUUAAAAAAUAAAAAGAAAGGAAAAGGA